CUCGAAACUAUUCACCAUGAUUACCAUUAUUGAACAGACCAGAGCAAUGGUUCAGGACUACAUGGGAAAAUUGGAUCCAUCACAUGAUAUGCUCCAUGUAGACAGAGUAACACGUCUAGCCCUUCAUUUAUCCAAGUCUUGUAUUGAAAAUGAAAAGAAAAAGGUUGAUCUUGAACUUGUUGAACUGGCUGCGCUCUGCCAUGAUGUCGGUGAUCGCAAAUACUAUGAUGGAUCUGAGACCGGCGGAGAGUUGAUUUACACAUUCUUGACCAAGCAAGGGUACGAUCACACUCGGGCCUCUCUUGUUUCUCGUAUUGUUGAUCAUGUUGGGUUCAGUAAAGAGCUCGGCUGGGAUGAUCUUAAAGAUGAUCCUGAAGAAGUAAAGUGGCGCAGAGGGUGUAUUGAACUUCAUGUGGUCCAAGAUGCGGACAAAUUGGAUGCUAUUGGUGCAUUUGGUGUAUUGCGUUGUGCAGCAUACAGUGGAGCUCAGAACAGACCUCUUUAUGCUCCCGAUCAAGAUCCACUCAACAAUAUGACAAAAGCAGAGUAUGAAAAACAGUCCAAGAAAAAGACUGGAACAGCCAUCAACCACUUUCAUGAGAAACUUUUUAGGCUCAAAACCAUGAUGCGUACUGAGAGAGCCAAAGUUAUGGCAGAAGAGCGGGACAAGUUUAUGCGAUUAUUUGUACAGCAGACAGAGAAUGAGUAUAAUAUGCUCACAUAAAAAGAAAUUUAUUAUGACAGUUGCUGCAAAACUGUCAAGACUAGCUCAUGCAAUACAAUACAAUAUUCAUCUUUUGUCAUUUAAAUAUUAAUAUGUAUAUGUAUAUAUUGGAGACUUUGGGCAAUUGGUUUGACAGACAUAGCUUUAAUCAAACUGUGAUAUAUAAAUUGACAGAGAAUAAAAAGAUAUUCAGCUUGAGCUUUAUUC